CAGUAGUGAAGGAAAAGAGGAAAGGAGGAGGAAGCGGCAGCAAGGAUGGCGGAGGCACACCUCUGAAGGUAAAACAGUGAUAUUAUUAUCACAUUAACAGUGGACGUUUUACCCCCAUAGCGCCGUUACACACCUCUCCAGAGACAACACACUCAUCAGCCUCUUGUUACGGCGGGUGUCACGUUUCAUUGUCAUGUUGCGGUGCAAACCUUCGAGGGAUUUAAAAAAAAAAAAACCUUGAUGACCUUUGCACCCUGAAAUAACUUGUAUCCGAAGGUCCUGGGAUUGUAUGCAGUUCAAACACUAAAGCAUGUGGCCCAUGGGUGCCACAGUCCAGCUACUGCAAAGGAUUUUUUUCUCCCAUGGCAUUUUAACAAAGGAACAAAGUAUCUAAAGUAUCUCAAAAAAACAUUGGAUCACAGGGCCUUUAUUUCCAGGAUAAUCAUAAAUGUGUGGGCCUGUACGGGGAUGUUUUCUUUAAAAGCCUCCUUGGCUGACUGUCCCUUUUUUCCUGAAUAAGUAACCUGACAAGAGAGACUCCCAUGAGCAACUCUGCAGGAGGCUCGAUAACGUCGACAUGAGUAGUACUUUAGGCAAAGAAAAAGAUUCGAAAGAAAAGGACCCCAAAGGUGGUCCAGCGGGGAAAGAAAGGGAAAAGGAGGCCAGGGCUCUAGCCGGCUUAGUCAAGGAUGGUGGCAAAGAAACGAAGACCAAAGGGAAAGAUGCCAAAGAAGGAAAGAAGGACACCAGCAGCUCAACACCGGGUGUGGCCUUCUCCGUUGAUAACACGAUAAAGCGGCCAAACCCGGCAGCAGGUACGCGCAAGAAGUCCAGCAACGCCGAGGUGAUCAAAGAGCUCAACAAGUGCCGGGAGGAGAACUCAAUGAGACUGGACCUAUCCAAACGGUCCAUUCACAUCUUGCCCACCUCCAUUAAGGAGCUGACGCAGCUGGCCGAACUCUACUUAUACAGCAACAAGCUGCAGAGCCUGCCAGCCGAGCUGGGUUGCCUAUCGGGCCUGGUCACUUUGGCCAUGAGCGAGAACUCCCUGACCAGUUUGCCCGACUCCCUGGACUCUCUUAAGAAGCUUCGAAUGCUCGACCUCCGGCACAACAAGCUGAGAGAGAUACCGGCCGUUGUGUACCGGCUGACAUCUCUCACCACGCUGUACCUGCGCUUCAACCGCAUCACAACAGUGGAGAAGGACAUCCGGAACCUCUCCAAGCUCACUAUGCUCAGCAUUCGCGAGAACAAGAUUAAACAGCUGCCCGCGGAGAUAGGGGAGCUAUGCAACCUCAUCACUCUGGAUGUUGCCCAUAACCAGUUGGAACACCUACCGAAGGAGAUUGGGAAUUGCACACAGAUAACCAACCUCGACCUGCAGCACAAUGAGCUCUUGGACCUCCCAGAGACUAUAGGCAACCUGGCAAGCAUAAAUCGCUUAGGUCUGCGAUACAAUAGAUUGUCAGCCAUCCCCAGAUCAUUAGCCAAAUGUCGAGAACUGGAGGAGCUAAACCUUGAAAACAACAACAUUUCGGUGUUGCCAGAGGGCCUACUGUCGAGUUUGGUCAACCUGACUAGUCUAACAUUGGCGAGGAACUGCUUCCAGUCGUACCCUGUGGGCGGACCGUCCCAGUUCUCAACCAUCUAUUCCCUCAACAUGGAGCACAACCGCAUCAACAAGAUCCCCUUCGGCAUCUUCUCCAGGGCCAAAGUGUUGAGCAAGCUUAACAUGAAGGACAACCAGUUAACAUCUCUGCCGUUGGACUUUGGCACAUGGACCAGCAUGGUGGAGCUCAACCUGGCAACCAAUCAGCUGACAAAGAUCCCAGAGGACGUCUGUGGUUUAGUCUCUCUGGAGGUGUUGGUGCUGUCCAAUAAUCUUCUCAAGAAGUUACCACAUGGUAUUGGAAAUCUGAGAAAGCUACGGGAGCUCGACUUGGAGGAAAACAAAUUGGAAUGUCUACCGAAUGAAAUUGCUUAUCUGAAAGAUGUACAGAAAUUGGUGUUGACAAACAAUCAGCUGACCACGUUACCCAGAGGCAUCGGCCACCUCACCAACCUGACUCAUCUUGGUUUGGGGGAGAACCUGCUGCAACACCUCCCAGAGGAGAUCGGUACGCUGGAGAACCUGGAGGAACUGUACCUCAACGACAAUCCCAACCUGCACAGCCUACCGUUCGAGCUGGCCCUCUGCAGCAAGCUGUCCAUCAUGAGCAUCGAGAACUGUCCCCUCAGCCACCUGCCGCCCCAGAUUGUCGCGGGAGGCCCCUCCUUCAUCAUCCAGUUCCUCAAGAUGCAGGGACCGUACCGUGCCAUGGUCUGAGCCAAGAGCAGCUCAGUCCCAGUCCUGCUCGACUCCACUCGCUCUGAACCCUCUCGCCUGCCCGCCCCCAUUACGUGUAUCAUACACUGUAAAGAAAACAGACUCGCCACAAUCAGUGUCGGGGGCGAGGAGGAGGAGGAGUAGGGAAAUGUUUCUUUUGCCAUCCUUAGAUAGAAAGGAGGCGAAUCAUUGGAGAUUUGACUUCUGUGUUACUCCAGAGUUUAUCACGGUCAUUUUAGGACCCCAGCCACCCCACUCAUGUUUCAUUCUGAAUCAUACAAGAGAAAAAAAAAAUAUUUCCAUCUCUUUGCCAAAACUGAAGAUAUAUAAAGUUCUAUAUAUUGAGUAACUGUGAGCUAAGUGGCAAGUCUUUUAACCAUAUAAACCGUACUCCCAUUGCCAAUAUAUUUACAGUAAUUAAAAGCAUCUAUUAUGUGAGCAAGGAUACAAUUGUAUGCAAAAACAAACAAAAAAAAAGUCUUUGGAACUUCACAUUUACUGCUGCUGGCGUGAUUUUAACUUUGUCAUCUUGUUGUGUUUUCUUUUGAUAUUCAUUUCUUUUAACGUCUCCUUUGCUCGCGAUCACGUCUGUUCACUGCUCAUUGACCGUAGAGAACAAAGGUCCAACGAUGGCUUGUUUAUACUUUCUUUUUUUUACCUUUUUAUGUUUAAAUACUGUGCCUAUGUUUAGAGUGAUCCAGUGGUUCAUUUCUAAACACAAUUGUCCGAAUACAAAGAUAUAAAUUAUUUCAAAAA